AGAGAAGGGGCAGGUGGAGGGUGCAAACAGAGAAAACAGGUGGGAAGGAAAAAACAAGAUGAAGGGAAGAGAAGAAAGGAGAGCUGCCUCUCGUAAACCAAGCUGAGAGAAGCACAGAGAGAGAGAGAGAGAGGCAGUGAGGACGAUGAGGAAAUCAGUGACUCUUGCCCGGUACUGAACAGAGGGACAGAAACGGUGGAGGAGGCGGAAGUGUGAUGCUUCUCUCUGGUGCUGCCUGAACCGAAACUAGGAGAGAAGGAGAGAAGCAACAGAGAGGAGGAGGAGAAAUCCCUUGAAAAACAGCUGGAAGAGAGGACAGAGAAAGAGGAGACGGCGGGAGAGAGGAAGAAAUGAAGAGUACUAAGGAGCGGAGAACGUGCAGAGAUCCCUGGGUACUCAGGCUCACAUGAGUGCAUGGACCUGAGCCUGGCCAGUGUUAAUACAAGAUGCUUUCAAAGACCCAGCGUGUGAGGGCAGAGUGUUACUGUGCGAGUGAUGGAUGUCUGCACAUACUACAGCUGCUCCUCCAAACUCAGUAGUGGAUAGUGUCUCUGGGUGUGUUUAGACCAGGUAUGUGUGUUUGUCAGUGUGAGAACGUAUGACCGACCAGCUGUGAUAAAACAGGGUCAGGUGUACCUAGAGGAGGAAAACAAGGUGGAAAGUAGGAAGACACAUUUAUGUGAGCAGUUGCAUGGACAGAGAAUUACACACAGACACACAAGAGUAUGUGUGCAACUAGCACAUAAAAGCUUCAGUUCAACCAUCUCAGGUGCAGUUAAGGGCCUGAGCGUGUGUUUAGAGACAGCUACAAAAAAGAAGAAAGGGAACUCACAAUGAGGCGUCACUGAACUUCUUCAAGGUUCCUUUUGACUCUGCUUUUACACCGAACUAGCCACCUGAAACCGCUCCCUACCUCAUCUUAACUCAACAAGUGGACUUGAACACUCAGAAAAAGGGACAUUCAAACCAACACUGGUGCUCCUGCUGACUGGGAAGCCCACCAGAAGUGGGGUCAGCCCCGAUUUCCUGUGCCCAGUGGAUGCCUCCUAACUCCAACCAUGGGAGAAUGGACCAUCCUAGAGCGCCUCCUGGAGGCUGCCGUGCAGCAGCACUCUACUAUGAUCGGAAGGAUCCUGCUGACAGUGGUGGUGAUCUUCCGUAUCCUGAUUGUGGCCAUCGUGGGGGAGACGGUGUACGAGGACGAGCAGACCAUGUUCAUCUGUAACACUCUGCAGCCAGGCUGCAACCAGGCUUGCUAUGACAAAGCCUUCCCCAUUUCCCACAUCCGCUACUGGGUCUUCCAGAUCAUACUGGUGUGUACACCCAGCCUCUGCUUCAUCACCUACUCCGUCCAUCAGUCGGCCAAGCAGAGAGACCGGCGAUAUUCCUUUCUCUAUCCCAUUAUGGAGAGGGACUACGGGGGAAGGGAGGGGGCGCGAAAGCUCCGCAACAUUAAUGGAAUUCUAGUUCAGCAUGGUGGCGAUGGCGGAGGAGGGAAGGAAGAACCUGACUGCCUGGAGGUGAAGGAGAUCCCCAAUGCCCCACGGGGCCUGACCCAUGGGAAGAGCUCUAAGGUUCGCCGGCAAGAAGGGAUCUCUCGCUUUUACAUCAUUCAGGUAGUGUUCAGAAACGCACUGGAGAUUGGCUUCUUGGCAGGCCAAUACUUCCUUUAUGGCUUCAGUGUGCCUGGGAUUUUCGAGUGUGACCGCUACCCGUGUCUCAAGGAGGUGGAGUGCUACGUUUCCCGGCCCACAGAAAAAACUGUUUUCCUGGUUUUCAUGUUUGCGGUGAGUGGCAUCUGUGUGGUACUCAACCUGGCUGAGCUAAACCAUCUGGGCUGGCGCAAGAUCAAGGCUGCCAUCAGGGGGGUCCAGGCCCGCAGAAAGUCUAUAUGUGAGAUCAGGAAGAAGGACAUGGCCCAUUUGUCCCAGCCGCCCAACCUGGGACGCACACAGUCAAGCGAAUCAGCCUACGUCUGAUCAUGAACAGAAAAAAAAGAGGAGGAGUGGGAUGAAUGUGCAAGAGAGAGAGAAUGAAAUAAUUAUCA